AUGGUGAAAGAGAACACGUCUACCUUCCAGCUGUCCACAGAAAAGCAGCAGCUGCCGCAGGAUGCCCUUACAUGGCAUUCGUUUCCUGUUGUCUCCGAGGGAAGUCUGCCGGGACACACCGGGUUGACAGAGCAGCAGAAUUUCAACUCCAAUAGACUUGAAUGUGUUUCUGGGCAAAGAAGCAGAGCUAACGAGGGAAGAGAUUUAAAGAGUUUCUCUUGUGUAUUUGUCAAACUCGUAUUUCCUAGCUGGGCGCAAAGAGGGGAUUCAAUUUCAAUUGUCUACCAAGGCUCCGGGUCCAGCCACCUACCUGAAGAUCUGGAAAGCGUGGAGACGAUGCUUUUUUUCCUGUACGUUUUGGGAGCCGCAGCUGCAAUCCCGACAAAUGCAAGGUUCCUAUCCGAUCAUUCUCAACCAACUGCUGAUUCCUUGAGUUCCAUCCAACAGGCUGAAUUGUCGGUAACACCUGACAACACUGCAGUCCCCAUUUUAAGGGUUGAAGAUUCAGAAAAUGAAAAGGAAACUGCAGUAUCCACAGAAGACCAUCUCAUCCAUAAGGCUGAAAAAUCUUCAACACUGAAGUCAAAGGAGGAAAACCAUGACCAGUCAGCAGAUCAGGACCAGAGUUACAGCCAAGAGCUGGGAUUACAGGAUCAAGAGAAAAGUGAAAGUGACUUCAGUGAGAAUUUGGAGGAUUCACCAUCUGAAGAUACAUUGGGUCUAAAAGAAGAUAUAAGUGAGCCUCAAAAGAAACAACUCCCAGAGAACAUUGAUUUCCUCGCUCCUGAAGUUAGUUCCGUUGCAGACUCUAACCAACAAGAAAGCAUCACGACAGAGAAAAAGCAAGAACAGCCUAUAAAUGAUUCUCAUGCUCAAUCAAAUGGGGGCAGCAAACGUAGCCAAGACUUAAGUGAUCCGGGAAACCAGGAGCAGGAUCCAAAUAUUGCCAAUGGAGAAGGGGAAGAGGAACAAGAGCCAGGUGAAGUUGCUACCUACAAUGACAAUCAAGAAAGGGAGAGAGAAUUUCCCAAGGAGCAUUCUAACAGCAAGCAGGAAGAGGAGAAUACCCAAUCUGAUGAUAUUCUGGAAGAGUCCAAUCAACCAACUCAAGUAAGCAAGAUGCAGAAAGAUGAAUUUGAGUGGAGUAACCAAGAACAAGAACAGAAUAACUCCAAUGCAGAAAUGGAAGAGGAAACUGCAUCAAAAAUUAAUAAGCACGAUCAAGAUACUGAAUGGCAGAGCCAAGAGGGAAAACCUGGCCUUGAAGUUAUCAGCAACCAUGAAGAGAUGGAUAAAAAGGCUGUUUCUGAGACUUUGCUCGUAGAGCCUACUGAUGAUGGUAACAUCAUUGCCAGAAAUCAUGGGCCAGAUGAUGAUGGUGAUGAUGGCCCCAGACAUGAUGAAAGUGAUGAUGACUACACCCCAAGUGAGGACUUCCUGGAGGCUGAAAGAGCUCAAUCAAUGAGCUAUCACAUCAAAUACGAGGAGGAAAGAGAAAGAGCACUUGAGAAUGAGAAUGUAGACACCAGUAAACCUGGAGAACACCAAGGGUCCAAGAAAGCAGACAGCUUACCAAAUGAGGAUGAAAGUUCAAGUGAAGGCAACAUGAGGGUGCACAGUGUUGAUUCUUGCCUGAACUUCCAGUGUAAAAGAGGACACAUCUGUAAGGCUGACCAACAGGGAAAACCCCACUGUGUUUGCCAAGAUCCAGUGACUUGUCCUCCUACAAAACUCCUUGACCAAGUUUGUGGCACUGACAAUCAGACCUAUGCCAGCUCCUGUCAUCUGUUCGCUACUAAGUGCAGACUGGAGGGGACCAAAAAGGGGCACCAACUGCAGCUGGAUUAUUUUGGAGCCUGCAAAUCUAUUCCUGCUUGUACGGACUUUGAAGUAAUUCAGUUUCCUCUAAGGAUGAGGGACUGGCUCAAGAAUAUCCUCAUGCAGCUUUACGAGCCUAACCCUGAACAUGCUGGCUAUCUAAAUGAGAAGCAGAGAAAUAAAGUCAAGAAAAUUUACCUGGAUGAAAAGAGACUCUUGGCUGGGGACCAUUCCAUCGACCUUCUCUUAAGGGACUUUAAGAAAAACUACCACAUGUAUGUGUAUCCUGUGCACUGGCAGUUUCAUGAACUUGACCAACAUCCUAUGGACAGAGUCUUGACACAUUCCGAGCUUGCUCCUUUGCGAGCAUCUCUGGUGCCCAUGGAACACUGCAUAACUCGCUUCUUUGCUGAGUGUGACCCCAACAAGGAUAAGCACAUCACCCUGAAGGAGUGGGGCCACUGCUUCGGAAUUAAAGAAGAAGAUAUAGAUGAAAAUCUCCUGUUUUGAAAUAAGAUUUGAAAGAACUCAAACUUUCCAGCAUCCUCCUCUGCUCUGACCACUUCUGAAAUAUAUGCAACCUUGAUACUUGUAGAUUUAUAUUUAGCAAAAUGUUUGCAUGUCUGAGAAGACAAUGAGAGUAAUUGCUUGAUAACAGUAUAUGCACCGGAUAUUUAACAUUAACUUUGGAAAUAAAACUUUAAAAUUAAGUAAAGUCGGGUAUGCAAAAUACUGUACACUGUUUGUGAACAGGAGUUUGACUCAACACUCUCAGCAUCCAUUUAUGAGAUACUUACUAAUUAUGAAACUUGAAAAAAUAAUACAUUCAUUUUGUCCGUAAUAUCAUGUGCACUUCAAGAAAAUGAAAUAAUGCUCUUUUGUUAUUAAUGUGUAUUAUUUUCAAUAUCUUAAUAUCCUAAUAAAAAUCCAUAAAAAUCCAAAUG